CCGGAGACAGGAGACACAGUGAACGUACACAACGGAGCUGGACCUCAUUAACGCCCUUUUCAAAAACAUUGAACCGUACCGUGUUGUGUCUCUUAUUUGACUGAGAACACAUUCUCAUUUACUACAAAGACCUAGGGAGUAGUUACAAGGAAGAAUGAGCCAAUUGUAAGCUGGGGAUGAUUAGGUGAUCGUGGUGGUUUGAGGGCCAGAUUUAGAAUUUAGCCAGGACACCGGGGUUAACACCCCUACUCUUACGAUAAGUGCCAUGGGAUCUUUAAUGACCUCAGAGAGUCAGGACACCCGUUUAACAUCCCAUCCGAAAGAUGGCAACCUACACAGGGCAAUGUCCCCAAUCACUGCCCUGGGGCAUUGGUAUAUAUAUAUAUUUUUUUGUUGUUAAACGAGAGGAAAGAGGGUCUCCUACUGGCCCUCUAACACCACUUCCAACUCGGACACUUUAUUUUCACAUUGUCCUUUCAAGCAUGGUUCAAUGGCCAGGGCUCUGCUACUAUGGUGAAUGUGUAACCAGGGCAGUACAGCUCUGUUACUAUGGUGGAUGUGUAACCAGGGCAGUACAGCUCUGUUACUAUGGUGGAUGUGUAACCAGGGCAGUACAGCUCUGUUACUAUGGUGGAUAUGUAACCAGGGCAGUACAGCUCUGUUACUAUGGUGGAUGUGUAACCAGGGCAGUACAGCUCUGUUACUAUGGUGGAUGUGUAACCAGGGCAGUACAGCUCUGUUACUAUGGUGGAUGUGUAACCAGGGCAGUACAGCUCUGUUACUAUGGUGGAUGUGUAACCAGGGCAGUACAGCUCUGUUACUAUGGUGGAUGUGUAACCAGGGCAGUACAGCUCUGUUACUAUGGUGGAUGUGUAACCAGGGCAGUACAGCUCUGUUACUAUGGUGGAUGUGUAACCAGGUCAGUACAGCUCUGUUACUAUGGUGGAUGUGUAACCAGGGCAGUACAGCUCUGUUACUAUGGUGGAUGUGUAACCAGGGCAGUACAGCUCUGUUACUAUGGUGGAUGUGUAACCAGGGCAGUACAGCUCUGUUACUAUGGUGGAUGUGUAACCAGGGCAGUACAGCUCUGUUACUAUGGUGGAUAUGUAACCAGGGCAGUACAGCUCUGUUACUAUGGUGGAUGUGUAACCAGGGCAGUACAGCUCUGUUACUAUGGUGAAUGUGUAACCAGGGCAGUACAGCUCUGUUACUAUGGUGGAUGUGUAACCAGGGCAGUACAGCUCUGUUACUAUGGUGAAUGUGUAACCAGGGCAGUACAGCUCUGUUUGGCUCAGUAAGGAGAACAGAUAUCUAACACUGGAAAGUGUACUCAGUAUAUCCUGGUGAUCAAUAUGUCUGAUUACUCAGUAUAUCCCGGUGAUCAAUAUGUCUGAUUACUCAGUAUAUCCCGGUGAUCAAUAUGUCUGAUUACUCAGUAUAUCCCGAUGAUCAAUGUCUGAUUACUCAGUAUAUCCCGGUGAUCAAUAUGUCUGAUUACUCAGUAUAUCCCAAUGAUCAAUAUGUCUGAUUACUCAGUAUAUCCCAAUGAUCAAUGUCUGAUUACUCAGUAUAUCCCAAUGAUCAAUGUCUGAUUACUCAGUAUAUCCCGGUGAUCAAUAUGUCUGAUUACUCAGUAUAUCCCAAUGAUCAAUAUGUCUGAUUACUCAGUAUAUCCCAAUGAUCAAUGUCUGAUUACUUAAGAGCUCCUGUAGUAGAUCAAUAAUGUUCAUCAGGAGUUCCACUCCACUAGACGCUGACUGUAACAGGUGUGUUGUCGCGGUGAUG